AUGUCACCCUCACAUAUUGGCAAAUUGAGUAAUUACCCCAGUCAGAGUCAGUCAGGAGAACUGGAUGUGGCACAGCAAGGGCUCUACCAGUUUGGACAAUCUCCACCAAAUAGUGGUCAAGCAUGGCAGCAGGUCCCCACCGCCUCUGCAACUGUAGAUCAGUGUGAGGUGAGUGAAUCGUCCCGAGUGGGCUGUGGAGAACCUGGCAUUUCACCUGCUGAAUGUGAAACUCUCAAUUGCUGUUUUGAUAACAGACGGUUCAUUCGUGCCUAUGAUGGACCUUUGUGCUAUUAUGGAAAAACAGUCACAGUGCAGUGCACUAAGGAUGGGCAGUUUGUGUUGGUGAUAGCCAGAGAUGCCACCGUGCCAGAGAUUGAUCUGGACAACAUCAGUGUUGUGGAAUCUACUGAUAGCUCCUGCAAAGCCGUUGACAGUAAUGAUGACUUUGCUAUUUACCAAUUUCCAGUCACUGCUUGUGGUACAAGAAUAAAGGUGGACGGAGACUAUGUUGUUUAUGAGAACAUGAUUGCAUCAUCGUAUGAAGUAGGGGUCAGUGCUCGAGGCUCAAUCACCAGAGACAGCUCCUAUAUGGUGGCGUUUGAGUGCAGAUAUUUGUCUACAGCAGUGGAGAGUUUGAAGUUGGAAGUGAACACACCUCCUGCUCCUUCACCAGUACUUCAGCAAGGUCCUCUGAGGGUGGAGCUCAGGCUCGCAAAUGGUGUCUGUUUCAGUGGAGAAUGUUCAGAUGUGGAUAAUAUGUACAGCUCCUACUACACUAAGGUGGACUACCCUGUUACUAAAGUACUGAGGGACCCAGUGUUUGUUGAAGUACGCAUGCUGGAGAGGACUGAUCCUAAUAUUGGGUUGUUACUGGACCGCUGUUGGGCCACCAGUAACCCAGAUCCCUCCAGUACACAACAGUGGGAACUGCUGGUUAAUGGGUGUCCCUAUAAAGAUGACCGUUACCUCACUACGAUUGUUCCAGUUAGUGCCACAUCUGGCCUGCAGUACCCAACUCACUACAAACGCUUCACUGUGAAGAUGUUUGCUUUUGUAGAUGAGACCUCAUUGUUACAGUCACAGAAACAGAUCUUCAUCCACUGCAGUACAAUGGUGUGUCAGAUCACUGCUACUGAAUCCUGUGAACCAAUAUGCAACAGGACAAAGAGGUCAGUUUCAGCUGCACGAAAAUCACGAAAGGAUUCCAUAGUCUCUAGCGGUAUGGUCAUCCUUAUUGAUGAUUUGCCUGCUUUAUCGGUAAGCCAAGCAGAUAACGAGGACAGUAAGACCCAAGUGAAGCCUCUUUAACCAGUCUAACAGAAGGACACUAAAUCAGACAUAAUGCUGACCUUACCCUCGUCACGUUAGUCUAAAAUUUGAGGGUGUUGGCUAGAAAUAGUACGGCUUAGCUUUCGUGUUAAGCAGUUGUGGACUGUUGGUGGUGAUUCUACCACAAAGAUCAAAACCUUGUCCUUGUAUGCAGGUUUCAAGGGUGUAGGAAAUAAAGUGUGUGAGACCUAAACAGCUGCCUCAGUCUGGUCUGUUUAACAAAUACUAGUUCUAAAUGACCAAUUCAAGAACC